AUGCUAAGACAAUCUGAAUUGGUAAAAGAAGAAUUUUUAAAAGCUAAGAAGUUGAUUGGAGAAGAGUAUCUUUUGGGGUAUUUUGAAAAAUUGAAAGAGGUGGAGAAGGAAGAAGAACAAUAUGUGAGGAAGGAGGAAUCUCCAAUGCCAUUGAGAAUGACAGAAUCUUCAAUUAUCCAUUCAAAGUCAAAGCAAUCUUUUAGUGAAGAUUUACCAGACUCACAUGAAUCUUUUGCAUCAUCGACAAGUGAAGCAGAAUCGGAAACUUCAGGAUCUGCAAUACAUUCGCACACAAACUCAUUUAGUUCUUCGACAAGUGGAAGUUAUAAAAGGUCCCCCGUCUCUAAUGUCGUCAAACAUUCAGCUUCUCUGCCAGAAAUAAACAGAAUGCCAAAGCCUGUUGGAGGGAUAAAGAAAUCAGUUUCCACACCCAACUUUUUGAUAAAUUCGACUUCGUUUGCAGCACAAUCUAGUGUUUCUAAUCCUAAAAAGAAGUCGAAGAGUAGUUCCAUAAAAUUAAGACAGCAGGAGAUUGAAGAAAAGCAAAAGAUUGGUAAAAUUUAA